AUGGAUACGUUUGCCAGUAUCAAGAGUGAUGUGAACGUUGCUGCCAAUAAGAAGAGAUUACUACUGUUGCAAGAUAGUACGUCGCUUGUGGUGGGUAUCGCUGCAGGUAUACUGCAGCUCGAAUCGCUGAACGGGUUUUACAUGUUCAUUGGUAGUUUCCUGAGUAUCGGAGCCCUCUACAUCAUAUGGAUUUGUCAAUUGAAGCCGCACAAGUACUAUCAAAGUCCCGUCCAGGAGGUGUUUUUCGAACCGUUCUUCAGGGAAUUGAUGGGGUUUGUGAUGGCAUGGACUUUCUCCUAUGCUUUAAUAGGAUAG